ACCAAUACAAAGCUAAAGUUGCACCAAUCCACGCUUGGGCUUGGUAGAUUUUUUCUACCAUUUCACAAUAAAUAUUUUUUUCCCUUCAGCCCAAUGUCGCCGGCGACUUUCUGAUUGCUCGAUAACCUCCAUCUCUCUCUCCGUUCGAAACGAAUUUUCUAGGGUUUUGGAUUGUCGAUUCAAAUAUUUAUCAUCGGAAAAAGAAGAUGGCAGCUCCACCAGCUAGGGCUCGAGCAGAUUAUGAUUAUCUCAUCAAGCUCCUCCUCAUUGGCGAUAGCGGUGUGGGAAAGAGUUGUUUGCUUCUGAGAUUCUCGGACGGUUCCUUCACAACAAGUUUCAUCACAACUAUUGGAAUUGAUUUUAAGAUAAGAACAAUUGAACUUGAUGGCAAGCGGAUUAAGUUACAAAUUUGGGAUACAGCUGGUCAGGAGCGUUUCCGUACUAUCACAACAGCGUAUUAUCGAGGAGCAAUGGGCAUUCUGCUGGUGUAUGAUGUCACGGACGAGUCUUCUUUCAAUAACAUCAGGAACUGGAUUCGUAACAUAGAGCAGCAUGCUUCUGAUAAUGUCAACAAGAUUUUGGUCGGGAACAAGGCUGAUAUGGACGAAAGCAAAAGGGCUGUGCCAACGUCCAAAGGUCAAGCUCUUGCUGAUGAAUAUGGCAUUAAGUUCUUUGAAACAAGUGCAAAGACAAACCUGAAUGUGGAAGAAGUUUUCUUUUCAAUUGGUAAGGAUAUCAAGCAAAGGCUUUCAGAAUCUGAUUCCAAGACUGAGCCUCAGACAAUCAGGAUCAACCAAUCCGAUCAGGCAGGAACUGCCGGUCAAGGUGCCCAAAAGUCAUCUUGCUGUGGUUCGUGAGGCGAGUUGGUUUGAUUGCACUUGGAUGUACAAAUUUGGUGGGGAUGAAAAACUGUUCCUUGUGAACUUCAUUACCAUUUAUCUGCCGUUGGAUGGCAAGUUUGGUGUGUCAAAGGCUUUUCUACUUUAUAUUUGGAAUCUAUUAUCAUAUACAGCUUAAUAGAGCCUUUGUUUGGUCAUUGUUCUUUGUUAUCUAUGUCCUCUUAGGAUUUCAUCUCCUUUUCUUUUAAUCAUGAAAUUGUUAGCUUUUGCUUUGAUGUAGAAGUUGAAAGAAAAAUAUAAUGCAUGAAUUCUUACCUA